UUAUUUUCUACUAAAAAUGCAUGUGAAUCAAAUUUCACCCAAGAGCGGAGAAUAAUUAAUUGUGUGUGAAGUAAUUCCAUCUAAAGUAACCGAAAGAAAAGGAAAAAGAAAGGACACUCGUAGAAAGAAGAAAGGAGAUGGAGCGGAGGAGAAGAAAAGAACAUCUUUUCUUUUCAGUGAAAAGGUGUCCCCUCUGGUUGUUUCCACUUUCUUCUUAUUACCAUUUUUUUUAUUUUCAAACAAUUCUUUCGACUCUUCUUUCUCUUUGUUUUUCUGAGAUCAGAGAAGAAUUUGAGGGAAGAGUCAAGAAUAAUGCAUCCGCCUAAAAUUCCCAAUUCCAAGAAACAAUUUUGUAGAAUAAUAACCGAGGAAGAUUACUAAAACUUGAAAAGAAGGGUGGGUGUUUGAUAUUCAGAUCUUCAGAACCAUGGAUAUUGAAAGCAUCCAUUGCGUGUCAUCAUCGGACGGCAUGUCCGAGGAAGUGAUCCAAUCGUCUGUAAUCGCUCACCAUCCGUACACCUCUUCAAAUAAGCCUCCGGCUAGCAUCUUUUCUUCAGGAACAGCACCCACAAGUGUUCAUGAGUUGCUGGAGUGUCCUGUUUGUACCAAUUCUAUGUACCCCCCAAUUCACCAGUGUCAAAAUGGUCACACUCUGUGUUCUACUUGUAAGACAAGGGUUCACAACAGAUGUCCAACUUGCAGACAAGAUCUUGGAGAUAUUAGAUGCUUAGCUCUAGAGAAAGUUGCAGAGUCUCUUGAGCUUCCGUGCAAAUACUUUUCAUUGGGAUGUGCUGAAAUAUUUCCCUAUUACAGCAAGCUUAAACACGAGUCAGUUUGCAAUUUUAGACCGUACAACUGCCCGUACGCUGGGUCGGAGUGCUCAGUUACUGGGGACAUCCCUUGUUUGGUUUCUCAUUUAAGAGAUCACCACAAGGUUGACAUGCACUUGGGAUGCACAUUCAACCAUCGCUAUGUGAAGUCCAAUCCGCGAGAAGUAGAAAAUGCCACUUGGAUGCUGACUGUUUUUCAUUGUUUUGGAGAGUACUUCUGCCUUCACUUUGAGGCCUUCCAGCUAGGCAUGGCACCCGUGUACACGGCCUUUCUUCGUUUUAUGGGUGAUGAGUCUGAAGCUCGCACUUACACCUACAGUCUGGAGGUGGGAGGAAAUGGCAGAAAACUCAUAUGGGAAGGAACUCCCAGAAGUAUCCGGGAUAGCCAUCGUAAGGUCCGGGACAGUCAUGACGGUCUUAUCAUCCAGCGUAACAUGGCACUCUUCUUUUCUGGUGGGGACAGGAAGGAACUGAAGCUUAGAGUUACAGGGAGGAUAUGGAAGGAACAUCAAAAUGCUGAUAUUGCCGGGGUCUGCAUUCCGAGUCUUGGUACCUAAAGGACAUUCUUUUUAGUUCCUUUUUUUGUUUUUGUAAUGAACUUUUUUCUUUUCCCUGAAGAGAAAACCCCCAUGGUCGAUCUGUGCGUGUUUGAGUUGUGUGUGUGCCAUGGUUGUAGAGAAAACUUACCCACACUUGAUACUGUGUUGUACUUGAGUAUAAGUUACAGUUCAGUUCUUCAAUGAAUCCAUCAACAGCACAAAUGAAGCCUCAGUGGUUGCCUUUUGACACAUUUUGGUAUUGAAGAAUGUAAAAGUCAGUGAGAAGUUUAUUUUGAGAUGUAGGUAGUUAAUAGUUGCUGUUACCUUCAAUCCUUCUCCUUCAUCCCAAUUCGGUUUAUAACGGUUGUAUAUUGAUAAAAUUAACUCUUAUAUGAUAGUAUUAAUGAUUAAC